AUGUCCAGAAGCCAGGAGAUUAACGAUAGCGCUGCUGAGGCCAUGCGCCGUGCUGACAACGCGGAUGCUCCGGAGUACUGGACGGAGGUACCUCAUCCUGAAUCCUGCACGACUGCGCAGCAGCAGCAGCUGCUGAACGACGCAGCUGCGGAGGCCAUGCGCCGCGCGGAUGUGGCUUACACCAAAGAUGAUGAGCUGUAG